ACUUGUUGGAUUUUAUUUAAAAGAAAAUUAUUCUGCCGAAUCGAAUUUGUUGAAUUUGUUCAAACUAUUCGUACGCUUAAUUAUCUAAAACCCUCAUAAAUUCAAUCCUAAUUCCUAGCAAGUAAGUGAGAUUGGCGCUCAUUCACCGUAGGUCAGUUGGAUAACCAGUUUCAUCGACAUGGUAGCAAGGAUUGGGCUUUCUUGCCUCACCUUGUCUCAGCAGAAUCCCCAUUCGCGAUUGCCGCAAAGGAAGAAUUUUCGCAAGGGAAGCAUUCGAAGGCCGCAAAUUUUGUCCUGUUCGGCUUCUGGAAACGCCUGCGGUCUGCGAGUUUUCGUGCUCUCGGAUCUGCAUACUGACUACUCAGACAAUAUGAGAUGGGUUAAGAGCUUGUCCUCUACUGAAUACACCAAAGACCUUCUUCUUGUUGCAGGAGAUGUCGCAGAAACCUAUAGCAACUUCGUUGAAACUAUGUCCCUCUUGCGAGAUAGAUUUAUGCGUGUCUUCUUUGUGCCUGGAAACCAUGAUCUUUGGUGUAGGAGGCCAAAACAAGAUCAGCUUGAUUCUCUUGAGAAGCUGAAUAAAUUACUUGAUGCAUGUAGAGGACUCGGAGUUGAUACCAAUCCAAUGGCUUUAGAUGCCUUGGGAAUCAUUCCUUUGUUUUCUUGGUAUCAUGAGAGUUUUGAUAGAGAGGAGGACAUAAUCAGCAUUCGCAUUCCGUCUUUGGAGAUGGCAUGUAAGGACUACCAUGCAUGCAAGUGGCCUGGAGAGCUUUCAAGUAGAGAUACUUCUCUUGCAUUGUAUUUUGAUGCCAUGAAUGAAAAGAAUCAAGAUGUUAUCAAUGAUAUCAAAAAGACAUGUAGGCAAAUAAUUUCAUUUUCUCAUUUUGUUCCCAGGCAAGAGCUAUGUCCAGAGAAGAGGAUGCUAUUCUACCCAAACCUACCAAAGAUUAUUGGCUCAGAUUAUCUUGAGUCCCGAAUAAGGUCCAUACACAAGACUGAUAACAGUAGAUGCUCAUGCCACGUGUUUGGUCACACUCAUUUUUGCUGGGAUGCUGUGGUUGAUGGCAUCAGGUAUGUGCAGGCACCACUGGCUUACCCACGAGAGAGGAAGAGAAAGAUGAAUGGGGGUGAAGAUUGGUUGCCAUUUUGCCUAUACUCAGGUGAGAAAUUUACAGAUAGAUUUUCACCUUGUUACUGGUCUGAUUAUUAUUCUAAGAAUCCCAGAACACCUCAUAACACUGAACUUGCUUCAUGGGUUGCUAGGUUUUAUAAGCGUGUACAGUAAGAUUCGAUUCAAUUCAAUUCAACUGAUUCUUUCUUCAAUAAAAGUUUUUGAGUGUUUAUUUAGAUCUUA